UCUCUCAAAUCCUAUUUUAUACAGUUCAAUUGUUUAUAAAAAUGUUUCGUAUAAAACUUUUACAGGAAUAUAAUUAGUUCUGUUUUGUUAUGUUAUGAAAACGUAUACUUUUAUGUAGCUGGUGUAAUUCUAGGUAGAUGGAUAGGAUUAUGAAUUGAAAAAUUAUUUAAAAUUCUUCAGAAAUACUUCUUCUCGGUCAGGUAUAGAGAAAUCGAUCACACAAAUACUCGUUUUCUGGAAUGCUGUCAUUCACACUUUAUAGAGAAUGGACUUACCUUAAGAGCACUGGUCUGGUAGGGGGAAAUGUACAUUUAUUUUUAGCAGCAUUCAUUGUAAUGAAGAACUCAGCAGGGGUGGGGGGGGUCUUUUAAUUAAAAGAUUCACUUGACCCACUCAAACAUAUAGUGAAUGUUCUUAAGUGGUUUGUAAAUGAGAAUCUUCUCUUAAUGUGUAGUAAAAAAGCAUUCUCAAUCUUCCACAAAUGAGAGUAUUCUUCAGUCUUUCAAGGAUUUUAUUACAAUGUGUCAUUUCAUUAACGAAUUUCUGCGAUAAAUACCACAACUUUGGUGUUCCAAGAAAAUGGCAAUUCGGUAAGGAAUCCGGAAGUUUAAAAAAAACUGUGUGAGAGAAUAACAGGGGCCAUGAUCAGAUCACACUGGAAGUCCAUAGAAUGGGUAUUCUACAUAUAUUAAAGGGUAGUUCAUGGAGUGAUUUUUUAAAUAUUGUUUAACUCUCAAGAAUUUUUCACUCAUAUGGAAACAUCACCAUUGCCAGGGAAGGGCUGCCAACUUUAGGCCUAGGCUUGGCGCUUACAGCCUUUGAGCAGGGGGGGGGGGAUCUUUAUCGUGCAACACCUGCUGUUACACGGGGCAUCGGGUUUUUGCUGUCUAAUUCGAAUUACCGCGCCAUUCAUUCGCCUCUUACGACAAGCAAGAGGUACUGAGGACCUAUUCUAACCCGGAUCCCCACGUACCGGAGUCCAUGGUUUGAGGGUAUUCUACACGUGUCAAAGUGUAGUCCAUGGAUUAACGUACUCAGUUUUACACGUGUAGUGGUGACCAUUGUUUGUGAUAUAUAGUCCUACACGUGUAGUGGUGACCAUUGUUUGUUAUAUAUAGUCCUACACGUGUAGUGGUGACCAUUGUUUGUUAUAUAUAGUCCUACACGUGUAGUGGUGACCAUUGUUUGUGAUUUUCAGUCCCAUGCCAUAGGGAGGCAUCGUUACUAAGCAAAUAACUCAUAAGAUAAUUUACAACCACAUAAUCAUGUCCCAUUAAAACUUGUAUAAAUUUUGAUUUUACAAUCGGUUAUGAAAAAUGACUUUAGAGUGUGUUUAAACCAGUGAAUAUAAAGCAGAUGAAAGCCCUUUUUGCUGUUGGGACAUUUUCAUUUUCAAACAAAACAUCCCAUCGCAAAAUCAGCAUUGUAUUACGUGAUCUGUCAACCCCUGCACAAUACCGACCUGACAAAGUAUGAUAGAACUCGUGAAAUGUACAUGUACAAUCAUUGUAGAGUAUAUAUAUAAUAUAUGCUUUGGAAAUAGUGCCUGAACAGUAAUAGUAACACUACUACAAUCUGCUUGAUAUAUUUAGACUAUCCCAUUAAUACCAAUAACAUAACAGCAGCAGAUACAGGGUUUGACAUCGCUGUUAAUUCUCAUAAACAACAUGACAGCUGAACUGUCAUGAAACAAGGAAUCAUAGGAAAACCAUACAAAACAUUUGAAGGACCAACCUCUGGGCAUCAUUUCCAGUUAAAUCCAUGGGAGGUCAUGAGAUCGAGUAUCGCUAACAAACCUAAGACGAAAACAUAGGUACAUGUAGUGAUUACUCCUUCGCCAAACGUUGGCAUUUAUAAAAAUGAGAAUCAUACAUUUUUUUAAAUGACCUUAAAAACGGAGGUUGCGGCAAGCGUUGGCACGUUAAAGAACAAUCCAUGGUAUGUGAUACUUCGCCUACAGCUGGUGACGUCUUAGUAGUGAAAAGUUCUCAAAAGGAUGUUAAACAAACAACCAACCAUGACGUUUUAUAUGUUUAUAUCAACCACUAGCUUUCCGCGAACCGUUAUAUUAUAGGAAGAAGGAAAUAAACUGUCUUCAUCCAGUAACGACGAGAAUUUCCAUAAAAAGCGAGAUGACUCGUUGUGUAUCAAUGCCCUAUGUAUAUAUUGUAAAAUAGGCCUAUAUCAACGUAAUAGAACUAUGAAUAUAAAUCAUUCAUUGUCCGAUGAAUCCUUGAAAUUAUCUGUUUAUCUUUUAAUGCCAAACAAAUGGUUUGCGUAGUUUAUCUCCAUUUAUAUAGAGAGGAUUCUACAGUUAUAAAUAGUGUAUGUACUAGGUGUAUGUAUUAGAUAAAAUAAAGAUAUAUGCAUGAUAUGGGUAAACAGUAAAAGUACAUUUACUAGGUGAAUAAUAUGGAAAUUUUGGUCAGUUUUCUAUUUUUAUUACUUCAAUAAACUAAAAUCUAAUGGAAAACUGUGAGAAAUAUCUUAUCAUGCGCCUUUCCACAGCUUAAUUUCUUAUCACGUGACAUGAUUAAUUCCCUAUCAUUUCACAUUAUUGAGUAUCCAGUGUAAACAUUGUCGUAAUGUUCAAUGUUCAAAUCCUGAGAAACUUCCGGAUUCAUUUCAGCGAACCGAAGACUUUAAAAAGCUGAAGUGGCUCUUCGACAUUUUAAACCUCGUCAUGGGUUUCUAAAAUUUUACCUUGUCAUUAUAUACAUGAAUUCAAUUCUAUCUGUGUAGUAUAUAUAACUACUAACAGUUUUGGUAGACGAUUUCUGAAUUCAUGAUUGUAAUUUUAUAGCCAGUCAGUUCCAUACAACAUUAAGCAUGACCCUUAACAGCUAUGAUGCCUUUGUAAUCUACAAUCCCGUGGGGAGCGAUUUGGAGUUUGUCCAGUUAUUAGCGUCUAUAAUGGAAUCCCCGCCCUACAACCUCAGACUCUUUGUCCCCUGGAGAGACCAAGUCCACGGAGAUAAUUAUAUUUCGGCUGAUCUCAUUGAAAACAAAUGUAGGAAAUGCAUAGUUGUGCUGUCACCUAAUUUCGCCGGAAGUCAGUCUGCCGAAUUUCAGCUGAAGUAUGCCACAUCACUUUCACCAGCAAACUUACACAAUCGCGUCAUACCAAUCUGCGUGGAGAAAUGUAAAGUCCCAGAGGUCCUCCGCUACAUGUGUAUCCUGCAGUACCACAAAACAGACAUCCGACCGUGGUUCUGGAAGCGUCUGUGUAAAGCAUUCACCACCAACGGUUCAGGGGCGGAUCUAACAGGAUUAAGUGGAACAAAGGAAGUGAAAGAGGGCGUCAGUCUACCCGAUAUCAUUUUAGACACGUCAUCACACACCAUCAAACUGAACUGGACUGUAUAAAAAACGGUCCUCAGUGAAAUAAUGAUCUGAAAACUGUGGUAAAACUUUUAGGGUUCUCUAUACACUAAUCCAGAAAAAAAAACCUUUUUGGAUACCCAGAACAAUGCACGCUUAAAGUUCUGUAUACAGAAGUCAUCCAUAUAGAAUUUUCGUUACCUUUUGGCCCUUUCUAUUCGAAUACAAAUUUCCUAGAAUUCCGUAUCACUGCGUCAGAAAAAUGUGUAGCUUUUCCAUAAACCAGAAUGCUAUAAUAUAGUACGACUAAGAACUAAUAUUGCAUUAAAAGAAUAAUUGAAAUUUUAAACCAUUCGAUAAAACCCAAAGGCAGAUAAUCUUAAGCACAGGAAAUAAACAAUUUUAUUUUGGGGAUGGGGUGGGGUUAAUAUAUAUAUAUAU